ACCAAAGCAUUUGUCCUAUUUUAAUCAAAAAGGUCAAACCAUAUCAUCUCCUUUGACUCCCAAUUUCCUUAUAACCCCCACCCCCAUUUCAUUUCUCUCUUCCAUUCAACCUCCAUUAGCAACUUCAAAGAACCAAAAAUGGCAGUAGAUUUCGUCGGAAUUCAAUCCGUUCAACACCUUAACCGCAUCUUCCAGGUAACAAAUCACGAAUUCGCCGUAUCUUCCAACUGUAAUCCUCCAGUUUCCGCCAUAAAACGUACCGGUCACGCCCGCUUCCGUCGUGGACCAUCACCGGCGCUCUCUGAUUCUCACGCGCCCUCCACUUCUACACAAUCGGCACCGGCUUUUUUCCGGUCAGGUGAGUGUGAUUUUACUAGAUCGGUGACGGAUACGACGUCGUCUUCGUCUAGGUCAACGAAUUCAUCCUCGUUGUUAUCUCCGUUAACUGGAGGAAUAGGAGAAGAAGCAAGUGUUUCGAACGGUAAACAGUUCGCCGGAUUAGGUAUAGUCGCUCCGACACCGGCGUUUUCCUCGAGGAAACCGCCGCUUCCAUCGUCUCACCUGAAAAGGUGUUCCGUUUCGUUGUACGGAUCUAGAUCUGACAAUCACUCCGGUUCACGUAACAGUUGUCACUGCUGCAAGCGAAGGAAAAUCUCAGCAAAACGUGUAAUCAAAAGAGUUCCGAUCACCGGAUCUAAGUUCGCAAGCGUACCGGCGGACGAUUAUUCGUGGAAAAAGUACGGCGAGAAGAGGAUCGACGGUUCACCAAACCCUAGAGUUUACUACAAGUGUAGUACCGGAAAAGGAUGUCCGGCGAGGAAGUGUGUGGAGUUAGCGGUGGACGAUUCGAAGAUGCUGAUUGUGACGUACGCCGGAGAACACGUUCACCGGCGGGAUACGGUGGAGAUAGUGACAGGUUUGACCGGUUGAGUGGUACAGUCAAAGUGAGGAUUGGGAGUUGGGACCGCUGUAGGAUAUAUCACAACUUUCUAUAUAGUCAAUUGUUGCAGGCCAAAACAGGCUUUAUUAUUAUUGUUUACUUUAGUUUUUUUUAUAUAUAUUUUUAGUGGUGGUUGUGAUUUGUGAAUUAUAAAAAUGUAGAUUAAAUUAAAUAUGAAUUUGAAUGGGAAUUGGUUUC